AUGCCUGACGGUCACUGCAAGAAUUGCUUUGAGUGUAAUGCGAAAUUCGGAAUUUUCCGCCGACGUCAUCACUGCCGUUUUUGUGGACGUAUCUUCUGCUUCCAGUGUAGUAAUCAUGUGGGUUGCCUGUCACAAACCAAUCAUACAGAUCUUCUGGCCCUUAAUUUUGCUUUUUUAGCAAAGUAC